GGCGCCUCCACAGGUGGCGGAUAGUGGAAUGCUCACCAGAUAUGGUGGGUACCGGGGAAAUAAAAUACUCGGGGCGGACCAAAAUUAGCGAACCAGGGCACGACGGUUCCAUAUGUCAGUGGCGGUUUCCCGACAGCGUCUGUUUCACAUGUUAGUGGCGGCUGAUAACUACCCUCUGCGGUUAACAACCGUGGUUGUAACUCGGAGUAGUCCCUACUCCACACAAGGUUGACAACCUUUGAAAGUCAGAUAUGGAAAGGUCUUAUAGGAAAAAUGUUCCACCGUCCUGUGCUACACGACAGGAGAAGGCUACAUCGGAUUCGGUGGGUGGCCAACUACAAGACAAAAACGUAUCGCAACAUUCAAAGUCACUCAUGUCUGUCCGAACACGAAAGGAAAAGAUCAAGUAUAAACAAAUAAACUACAUUGCAACUCACAAAGAAAUUGAACCUGUCACAAGUACAAUAAAAAAAAAGCGAAUAUCUUUCUUCGGUCACCUGAUUAGAGCUUCGGAGGACAGACUAAGCAGAAGAAUUAUUGAAAAGUUGUGGAAAAGUAAAACAAAUAUAAAAUGGAUUGACGAACUCAAGGAGGAUAUGAGAGAGUUGAAUAUAACAUUCGAAGAUUUGAAGAACAAGUCGGACAACAUCAGAAUCCUGAAGGACAAACAGACCAGACUGCAGAUCAAAGUCAGACACAGAAUGGGAAGAGUGAUUUCGGACGAGGAAAGGAAAUUAAUUUCUGAACGAAUGAAGAAAUAUUGGGCUGAGAGAGGACGGAGUAAAGGUGGAAGAUACUGACUACAGUGGUCCAAUGAAGGCCAUAAAAUUAUAAUAAUAAUAAUAAU